CUUUCUCAUGCUCACCAGCAUCGUCUGAAUGCUGCGCAGGAGUGGAAGUUCUAAGAGAGCGGCGCACAUCUUCGGUGCAUUCAGUCAAUUUUCUUAUCAACCACACAAUGCUUGUGCUGCCUGCAACGCACUCCGCGAAGUCAUUAGCCACCGAAAUUGUGGGCAGAGGGAGAGAGAGAGUGACUGUGAGCAUAUAAAACACACAAGUCUCCCGGCAAUGAGCUUCAGUGUUGCAUCAGAAAACUACAGCGGUGGACGCGCAGCAGAAGAAGUUCCCAAGAAAUCACUUACCUGAAGAAAUAAUUUUUUUUUGUGUGAAAAUGUGUGGAAUUUUUGCUGUUUUCUCGAGAUCUUCGGGAGCCCUGACGGUGGCCAGGAGUGCAUCUGGGCGAAAGGAAUCCCUCCGGGAGUUUGUGUAUCGUCAAUCAGGAUGCCAACGACAUCGUGGUCCUGAUCACACGGGAGUUGUGCUUGUUCCUGAGCAUGGAGUAGCAAUUGUCCAGGAACGUCUUGCCCUGCUGGGAAUCCGUACUGGUGCCCAACCGAUGCAAUCUGCAUCCGGGGAGGUGAUCCUCGCGGCAAAUGGUGAGAUCUACAACUAUCUGGAAAUUGCUGCAGACAUCUCGCAGCGACGUGGCAUCAACUACACACCCAGGAGUGAUUCAGACGUGAUCAUUGGGCUCUAUGAGGAGUUUGGUAGGGAUCUUGUGCACCAAAUCACGGGAAUGUUCACCUUUGUGCUGUACGAUCGCACCAAGAAGACUUUGCUGAUUGCUCGUGAUCCCAUCGGGAUCAUUCCUCUCUACAUUGGUGAGGACAACGAUGGAAACAUUUGGAUUUCGAGUGAGAUGAAAUGCUUGGUGGGAGUAUGUUGCGAUGUUAAGGCUUUCCCACCGGGGACUCUCUGUUGGGGCACCCCCGAUCACUUAACUUUCGAACAAUUCUACAACCCAAAGUGGAUCAGCACGAUCCCAACGCAUCAAUCCAACUUGAUGCUCCUCCGGAAGAAAUUGGAGAAUGCCGUGAGAUCGCAUCUGCAGUGCGAUGUCCCAUUUGGGGCGCUUCUCUCCGGUGGAGUAGAUUCCAGUCUCAUUGCCUCAAUUGCAACGAAGAUUAUGCGUGAACGGGACCCAAACUUCCGCCUCAAGACCUACAGCGUUGGGCUCCGUGGAGCUCCGGACUUCAAGUACAGCCGAAUGGUGGCUGAUUACAUUGGGAGUGAUCACACGGAGGUUUACUUCACAAUUGAGGAGGGAUUGGACUGCAUUCCGGACAUUAUUCGUCACCUGGAAUCCUACGAUGUCACCACAAUCCGCGCCAGUAUCCCAAUGUACCUCCUUUCGCGUUUCAUCAAGAGCGAAGGGCUCAAAAUGGUGCUCUCUGGCGAGGGAGCUGAUGAGAUCUUUGGGGGCUACCUCUACUUCCACUGUGCCCCAAACCCGCGGGAUUUCCACGAGGAGACAGUCACACGUGUGCGAUGCCUCCAUCUCGCUGACUGCCUCAGAGCUAAUAAAUCCACAAUGGCAUGGGGCUUAGAGCUGCGUGUGCCCUUCCUGGACACGGAAUUCGUCAACUAUGCCAUGAACAUUCGGCCUGAAGAUCGAAUGCCAGCUGCUACGGAUCAGGCAAUCUCCCCGGAAAUCCUCGAGAGUGAAGGAACGGCGAAACGUGUGGAGAAUCCCAAAAUUGAGAAAUACAUCCUACGGGCUGCUUUCCGGGACAACUACCUGCCUCCGGAAGUUCUCUGGCGGCAAAAGGAACAAUUCUCCGACGGGGUUGGGUAUCAGUGGAUCGACACAAUUAAAUCCUUCGCAGCUGCCCACGUCGAUGAGGAGGAUCUUCAGCAUGCCCAGGAGGCUUUUCCCAUCAACACACCAACCACAAAGGAGGCUCUCUACUACAGACAAGUCUUCAAGGAAUUCUUUCCCGCCGAAACUUUCGACACAACAGUCAUGAAAUGGGUACCACGAACAGACUGGGGCUGUUCAGCUGAUCCCUCCGGACGUGCUCAAGCUGUCCAUGUUGCUCAUGCAUAAAGAGAAGCUCCUCCUCAUUCACACAAAGCGCGCUCAUUCAUUCAAAUCUCACCGAAACAUAAAAUUCCACCAAAUAUCAAGAAAAAUGUAUUUUUUUUAAAUAAAAAAUAAAAACCAUAAAAACUGACCUAAA